AUGAGCGGCGACUCAAAAAUUUGGGCACACGCAUCGGCGGAUACAUGGGCGGCUCAAAGUGGAAUUUCGACGUACGAUCUGGAUACAUCGAGUAUUAAACGAGAAAAGAUCGAGUGUCAUGAGCCCGUGUCGGCAACGACAACGAUGGCGCAGAGGCAGUUCAACGAUGGAUAUGGACCGCCACCCGGCUCGGCGAGCACCGAUCCGGUCAGCUACGCAGCCGAUCCAACUGCCUACUUCAAUUUGUACACAAAUAUGGGCGCCGCGCCAACGACCACUCCGAUGAUGCACCAUGAAAUGGGAGAGGCCAUGAAACGGGAUAAAGAAGCCAUCUAUGCUCACCCACUCUACCCACUUCUAGUUGUUCUAUUCGAGAAAUGUGAGCUGGCGACAUCAACACCACGUGAAACGGCACGUGACGGAUCCACGUCAUCUGACGUCUGCUCCAGCGCCUCUUUCAAAGAUGAUCUCAAUGAAUUUGUAAGACAUACUCAGGAGAAUGCGGACAAGCAAUACUAUGUGCCGAAUCCACAAUUAGACCAAAUUAUGCUUCAAUCGAUUCAAAUGCUUCGUUUUCAUCUUCUGGAGCUUGAAAAGGUUCACGAACUCUGUGAUAACUUCUGCAACCGGUACGUGACGUGUCUGAAAGGCAAAAUGCCCCUCGACAUCGUCGGAGACGAACGAGCUUCCUCAUCUCAACCACCAAUGUCACCUGGAAGUAUGGGUCAUCAUGGACAUUCGUCGUCCCCAUCAAUGGCCGGUGGAGCGACUCCAAUGCACUAUCCACCACCGUAUGAACCACAAUCAGUACCACUGCCUGAGAACGUAUUGGGCGGACAUCCGUUGGAGGGAUCUUCAAUGGCGUACGCGAUGGCUGGAAUGGCUGCAGCCGCCGCUUCCUCAUCCUCCUCUUCAUCUAAUCAACCCGGGGAUCACCCUUUAGUGAACGGCGGGACGCUCCACUCGACGGCUGGAGCCUCCCAGACGCUAUUACCCAUAGCCGUCAGUAGUCCAUCAACAUGUUCAUCAGGUGGUCUAAGACAGGAUUCGACACCCUUGUCAGGUGAAACACCACACGGACACGCCAACGGAAAUUCGAUGGAUUCGAUUUCGGAAGCUGGUCCGUUGCUUCACCACUCACAACCUCUUCUUCAUCAUCCACAUCAUUCCCAUCAGGACUUCAUACCUCUUCCUCAACAAUCCCAAAAUAUCAUCGAACAAAGUCUUCACUGUGCCGGUGUCUCGAUGCUUGACGCUUCUCUUGUCCCUCCGUCGUCAUCGUCAUCUGAAUAUCAUGGAGACAUGAUGUCCAUGUAUUCUCAUGAUCCUUCUGUUUAUCAUCAAGAUAUGGGUCCCUACGACUACGGUGACUACGGUACACCUGAUGUCGUCAUGAUGAAUUCGGAAGUCAAGAAUGAGAAUUCAGCGUCUUCUUCAAAGAAUGGAGGGAAGAAGCAGCCGGGAACUCCUAACGGAGGCCGAGUUGGCAAGAGUCGAGGACGUGGAAUCUUUCCGAAGACCGCGACGAAUCGGCUCAGACAAUGGUUGUUUCAAAAUCUUACGGUAAGGAAAAUGAGUGACGAAUUCUCAGUAUGUGGAUCAAACGAAGAUGGUCGAGAUUCAGUACUUUCCGAUUCAGCGAACGGAAGUCAAAACGGAAAACGAAAAGUACCGAAAGUAUUCUCGAAGGAGGCGAUAACCAAAUUUCGCGCGUGGCUAUUUCAAAAUUUGUCGCAUCCCUACCCAUCCGAAGAUCAAAAGAAGCAGUUGGCAAAAGAAACGGGUCUUACAAUUCUUCAGGUCAAUAACUGGUUUAUCAAUGCUCGUCGUCGAAUCGUCCAACCGAUGAUCGAUCAAAAUAAUCGUGCUGGACGAGCUCCACAUAUGAAUGUUUGUAAGAAUAGAAGGAGAAAUCGAAGUGAGCAAUCACCUGGACCAAGUCCCGAUUCGGAAUCUGAUAGUGGAGCCAAUUAUUCACCGGAUCCGUCUUCACUGGCAGCUGCCACGGCGAUGCACUAUCCAGGAGCCGAAUUAUAUAUGCAGAGGACGAUGAAUUAUGGAGGAUUCCAGCCAUUCCCUAAUCCAGCAAUGCAAUUCAUGAAUCCAAUGAUGGGCUUCCCAGUUGCACCGGCAGUUGAUGCAUUAUCUGCUCAACAAUGGGUUGAUCUCUCGGCUCCACACGAAUAA